AUGAGUGUCUGCCAGUGUACAGGCCCUAGAGUGCCGUAUUCACUUCUCACCAAAUUUACAGUGCUCAGUGUCCUCUGUGUCCGUACUACUGAUGCAGUGUCAAGUGUUGUCUCAUCGCAUCAAGCCUCGACCUCGUCUUGUCAAGUUCGAUUCACCCUCUAUACUCUGCACUACCAUGUUAAGCCCCAACCAUGCCAUGUCAAGCCUCGUUUAGGCUGGGUCAAGCACCACGCAUACCACGACAAGUUUUCCUGA